AUGAGAGGCAAACGCUCCAAACAAUAUCGCAAACUCCUCAAACAGUUCGAGCUCGCCUUCGGCUUCCGUCAGCCGUACCAGGUCAUCGUCGACGCCGAACUCGUCAAAGAUGCCCACCGCUUCGCCAUGGACCUGCCGCAGUACCUGGCAAACACCCUGCACGGCGAGGUCAAGAUCCUGAUCACCCAGUGCUCGAUGCGCCACCUGUACGCGCAGAACAAGGAGCCCGGCGUGAGCAAGGUCAUCGACAAGGCCAAGGACUACGAGCGCCGGCGCUGCGGCCACCACCCGGAGGAGUUCCCCGAGCCCUGCUCCACGCUGGAGUGCCUGAGCAGCGUGGUCGGCCCCAAGAACAAGCAUCGAUACGUCGUCGCCAGCCAGGACACGGAGGUCAGGUCCAAGAUGAGGGGGAUCCCCGGCGUGCCGCUGGUGUACAUCAACCGGUCCGUCAUGAUUCUCGAGCCCAUGGCUGGGGCGACUACGAGGGUCGUCCAGAAGGGCGAGAGGGCCAAAUUCCGCGCCGAGCUGAAGCAGUCCGAGACAGCAACAGGAGAUAAGAGGAAACGAGGAGACGAAGACGAUAGCGAUGCGAGCGGCGAAGGUGAGGGGGAGAAGAAGGAUGAGGAGCCAAAGAAGAAGAAGAAGAGGAAGGGCGAGAAGGGACCGAACCCCUUGUCGGUGAAGAAGCCAAAGAAACAGUCACAGCAGCAGGAGAGCGGCUCAAAAUCAAAACAGGACGAGAAGCCCAAGGACGAUGCAUCAUCAGAGCAGCCCGCUAAGAAGAAGCGGAAACGGAGAAGCAAGAAGACGGGCGAUGCGGAUGAAGUGGAGGCACAGGACGUCACGUCGGGCACGGCUGAGGCACAACAUACUGCGUCGGUUGCCGCUGAGGAGUAG